GCUGAACAGGAUGCUGGGAGCCUCCGGUUUGAACACAGGUUAUAAAAGUCCCCCACCUCAGUCUCCCGAGUGUCAGUGGUAAUUUACCUGCCACUUGAGUGUGUGUGUGUGUGUGUCUGUGUGUGCACGAGAGAGAGAGAGCGAGUCAUCCAGUGUGUGUCUUUGCUUGCGCGUGCCUUGUUAAGGAUACUGUUAAAGAGAGCACCCAGAGCUGUCCCAGGGCUAAACAGACAUCAUGGCAGACAACGAAAUGGGAGGACAGAAUAAGAAGAAGAAGAGUGUGGAGUGCUGUGGCUAUCCACUCAGUAUCUUCUUCAUCGUGGUCAAUGAGUUCUGUGAGAGAUUCUCCUACUAUGGCAUGCGAGCUGUGCUGGUGUUGUACUUCACAUACUUCUUGCGCUGGGAUGAGAACACCGCCAUCUCCAUCUACCACACCUUCGUGGCUCUGUGCUACCUGACCCCCAUCAUGGGGGCCAUCGUAGCCGACUCCUGGCUGGGAAAGUUCAAGACAAUUGUCUAUCUGUCCAUCGUGUACACCAUCGGUCAGAUCGUCUUGGCAGUAAGCGCCAUCCACGACAUCACUGAUAACGACAGGGAUGGCGUACCGGACAACCUCACUCUCCACGUGGCCCUGUCCAUGGUUGGACUGGGGCUCAUUGCUGUGGGCACUGGGGGCAUCAAGCCCUGUGUGGCAGCCUUCGGCGGGGAUCAGUUUGACGACAGCCAGGAUAAGCAGAGGAGCACAUUCUUCUCCAUCUUCUACCUGUCAAUCAAUGCAGGCAGUCUGCUCUCCACUGUCAUCACUCCAAUUCUCAGAGCCCAGGACUGUGGAAUCUACACCCAGCAGAAAUGCUACCCUCUGGCCUUUGGGGUUCCUGCUGCUCUCAUGGUGGUUGCCCUCAUUGUUUUCAUAGUGGGAAGCAAAAUGUACAUCAAGGUAGCCCCCAAAGGAAACAUCAUGCUGGAGGUCUGCAAGUGUAUCGGGUUCGCCGUCAAGAACCGCUUCAGUCACCGCAGCAAACAAUACCCCAAGAGAGAUCACUGGAUGGACUGGGCUGAGGAGAAGUAUGAAAAACUGCUGAUUGCACAAAUCAAGAUGGUGGUGAAGGUGUUGUUCCUCUACAUCCCCCUGCCCAUGUUCUGGGCUCUGUUCGACCAGCAGGGUUCCAGAUGGACUCUUCAAGCCACUACUAUGGAUGGAGACUUUGGUAUCCUGGUCAUCCAGCCUGAUCAGAUGCAGAUGAUGAACCCCAUCCUCAUCCUAAUUAUGGUGCCCAUCGUGGACAGUGUGGUUUAUCCGCUUAUCAAGAAGUGUGGACUCAACUUCACGUCCCUGAAGAGGAUGACUGUGGGCAUGCUGAUGGCUGGACUGGCCUUUGCUGCUGCUGGCGUGGUGCAGCUCCAGAUCGAUAACACCCUGCCUAUAUUCCCCACUGCCACUCAGAGCCAAGUCAAGCUCCUCAACAUGCAGAAUAUCGCGGUCCAGGCCUCGAUCGACCAAACGCCAUACAGUCUCCCAGCCUUCAGCGCCACGGACGAGUACCUGACAACAGAACAGAUCAGUGUUGUGGUGACUCAGGGUCUAAAUAAUCAAAACGUGGGCUUGUUCAAAACAAUGCGACAGACUGUUCUCCUCUUUGGUGAUCGCGUACAAACAGUGAAUGACUCCAUUUCCAAGCCUAAUGAAGGAAAGAAUGCUAUCAGGUUCGCGAAUGGCUUCAACCAGGGGCUUAAUGUGUCUUGGAGUGGGCAGGACCUCGGGCAAAUCCCUGCCAAUGGCAUUUCCCAAUACACCCUGGUGCCCCAGGGGAAGGUGGUGUUCUCCAUAAAGAAUGCAGCUGGCUUUGAAUGCCAAAUGGAGAAACAGCUGAGCUUUGGCAGCGGCUACACCUACAUCAUCCCCAGUACAUUCAUCAUUGGAGAUGCGGAAUGCGCCACCUCGAUCACGAUGUCCACGGAGAUUCUGCCCAACGUCAUCCACAUGGCCUGGCAGCUACCUCAGUACUUCCUCAUGACCGCAGGAGAGGUGGUGUUCUCAGUCACCGGCCUGGAAUUCUCCUACUCACAGGCACCGAGCAACAUGAAGUCCGUUCUCCAGGCUGGUUGGCUCUUGACUGUUGCCGUAGGCAACAUCAUUGUGUUGAUCAUAGCAGAGGCAGCACAGCUCCCAGAAAAGUGGGCAGAGUAUAUUCUGUUCGCCUCUCUGCUGGUGGCUGUCUGCAUCGUCUUUGCCAUCAUGGCCUACUACUACAAGUACGAGGACCCGGCUGAGAUCGAGGCCCAGUUUGCAGAGAAGGAACCAGAAGACAAGGACGAGAAGAAGAAGAGAGGAUCACGGAGCAGCAGCAGCAGUAGCAGUAGCAGCAGCAGCCAUGGUGGUCGUGUAGAAGUAGAAGACGGAGAAGAAGUCAAACAGACCAAGAUUUAAGCCUCCCCCUACCCCUCCUCUUCGUCAUCCUCCUCUCCUUCAUCCUCAUCUGAGCGUGUGCGGUAGACUGCCUGGGUGGUCACGUUGGAAUCAGAUCUAUGACAAGGGGCUGCAGGGUCACGACCCUGGUCUUGGUACAUGGCCAGAUAGACAACAUGCUGCCGCGUUGCCCCCCUGUGCCUUUAAGCCAACUAAUAUUUAUGUUUGGCACACAAAGGACAAGAACAAUUUGUCAAAUUGAGUAUGAUGAACUGAUAUUAACCAUCAAAACAGUACUGAAGGUGAAAGAACGACAGCAUGCAUGGUGAAUUUCAGAGCGACAAGUGGAAAAACGACAAGAAUCUCCAAAUCCCAGCACUGUGGGUUAAUAAUGGUUUAAUUUAAUAUUGUAAAUGUUUUGUAAUGAUCAUUUUGUCUGUACGAUCAUUUUGCUUUUGUUUCUUUCUGUUCAUUAAUUGUACAUUAUUGUACAGCGCAUAUGAAUAACCAUUCCAACAUCCUGUAUGUAUCUGGAAGUGUUGUUGGUUGGUUAUUAUUUUGCAGUAUUAUUAUUGUGUUUUUGUAUUCUUUAACCGACCAAAAAAACAGCAGGUGAAAACACCUGGAGAUAAAACGAAUGUUUUGUGAGCAAGCACUUCAAAUAAAGAUUACGCUUUACAUUCCA